AUGAGGGGGGUUGCUGCUGUUCAUCUUGAUGUUGCUGUUGUUGUUGCUGUUGCCAUUGAUGUCCAGUAUCGUCCUUGGACCGGGAUGAUUGAUCUACCUGAGGCCUUGCGUCUUUCAGCGCACCGUACCAUUUUAGUUGGUACUGGACGCUUUGUCUGGUAUUUAGGGGAGCGAGUCGUUCGUCAUCAUAGUAGCGAUCGCUUUGUGGUGCCCUCAUCUCCACCAGAGUCGAUGCAGGACUCACGCUUGAUCAGAGAGUUGAUAAACAGGGGAGAGCGCUAUACUUUUCCAUGGCAGGAGCUUAUACACAUGGAGAGUGAUUAUGCGCGGGACUUGCUUCUCUCUCUGGCUCCUCCACCCCGUCUUCCUGAGACGACUAUUCGCCCUGUGGGGAGGAUCGAGAUUCCUCCUCAGUCUGUCCGCUAUCCAGGGCUGAUUGGUAUCACCGAGGACCAUAUUGCUGACACGCCAGAGGGUUACAGACAGACGCAUGAGUCUCUGCCCGAGGUCUUUGAGCCGGAGUAA